AUGUCCAAUCCAACCUUCUAUUAUUUUGAUGGCCGUGGUCGUGGUGAGGAAUGUAGACUAUUGUUGGCUUUGGCAGGAACCAAGUAUGUUGACACUCGUAGUCCAUAUCCAAUGGAACAACAUCAUAAGGAUUUGGCAACUUUUGGUCAAUUUCCAUAUUAUGCGGAUGACAAUAUUACUUUGUCAGAGUCAGUAGCAAUUGAAUGUUACAUUGCUGAUCAACUCAAUCUUGCUGGAUCGACCUCAGCCGAACGUGCCCAGAUUCUCCAGUUUGCAACCCUACCCAAUGAUUUCUACGGUCCUUAUUACAUUCAUUUCCUGGCCAAUGAUGAGAAUGGAUUCAAGACAUUUAGGGAGGUUAUUGCACCCAGAUUCCUAAACAAGUUGGAGGCUAUCUUGGUGAAGAAUGGUGGAACAUAUCUUGUUGGAGGCAAGUUUAGUUGGGCUGAUGUCAGUAUCUUCAACCUCAUUGAUUGGUUCCACCAACAACGUGUUGGUAACAUCUCCGAGGUGAUCAAACAUUAUCCAGCACUAUUAUCGUUCUACAAGAAGAUUGGGGAGAUACCACAACUUGCAGAGUAUCUAAAGAAUAGAUCACAAUCGGAAUUCUAA